GGGUGCACGGCUAGGAAAGAAACAUUGCCUCCCUUUUGCAGCUCGCGAUGAUUGGAUACUGGCUCAUUCAGGCAGGAGACGUUUCCCGCGCUGCGGAGGACACCAAUGCAGAGAGGGGUCAAUCUGAUCCAGAGUGGUGAUCCAACACUCACUGAUCAUCCGAGCUUGGCGACGUCCCAGCAUGCCCAUGUUAGGAAGGUGGUUGUGUGGAGUAUCUUGGAAAGCUUGCAGGUGAAGGAUAUAUUGUGUCGCAUCUCUCCCCAAGAUUUGCUCCUGUCAAGACCCUUCCCGGAUCCCCGCCUUGCAGAGUAGCAGCAGCACUUUGUUUCAACAAUCAUGGCGGACGCAAAGACUGUCGAUGCGCAAUUCACUAUUGGCGCACAAAACCACUUGGCCAUUGACCAAGAUGGCGCCAUGGUUCACGCAGACGAGAAACGACAGUCGAUUAUCCUGGAAAUGGAACACGACUAUGAAGGCAAGCCUACCGCUGAGGAAUUUCACACUCUCCGCAGGGUAGCUGGCAAGAUUCCAUACACUGCCUACGGGUUAUGCUUUGCGGAAUUCUGCGAGCGUGGAUCUUACUACUCAUCCAUUGGAGUCAUUUCCAACUUCGUCAACCGCAAGCUUCCUGUAGGCGGAAAUGGCUAUGGAGCGCCACCAAAGGGAACACAGCAAACCGCUGGUGCUCUGGGACUGGGCACAGUGAAGGCAACUGCUGUCAGCCAGUCUUUCAAGAUGCUUGUUUACUGUCUACCAGUCAUCUUUGGCUACAUCGCCGAUACCUACACUGGCCGUUUCAGACUCAUCUGCUACGGUGUUGCCGUUUUCGGUGUUGCGCAUGCCUUGAUGAUUGCUUCUGGAGCCCCCUCAUUGCUCGCAAGCGGCCAUGCAGUUGCUCCAUAUCUAAUUUCACUCUACGUCCUUUCCAUUGGUGCUGCCAUGUUCAAGCCUUGUGUUUCUCCAGUACUCCUCGAUCAGAUCGAAGAAACAAAGCCCACGAUCAAAACUCUCGAUGAUGGAGAAAGGGUUAUCGUCGACCCUGAAUCUACAACCGAGCGUGUAGUUCUAUGGUUUUACCUACUAAUCAACGUCGGUGGCUUUUUGGGAGUACCCAGCAGUUACCUUGCCAAAGACGUUGGAUGGAUGGUGACCUUCACCUUACCAAUGGCCAUCUAUGUUCCCCUCCCUUUCGUCCUCUGGUACUUGCACAAGAAACUUAUCCUGUACCCUCCGGGAGGAAGCGAUUUGUUCAACUGCUUCAAAGUGCUCGGCAUCUGUCUAAAGAAAAACUUCAGCAGAUUCGGCCGACAUGGCUUCUGGGAAGCUGCCAAGCCAUCUGUCUUGGCCGCAUCUGGUGCCUCUACAACUGUCCCCUGGAACGACCAAUUCGUCGAGGAUGUCCGCCGAACUUUCCAAGCCACAGGAAUGUUCUGCUUCUUCCCAAUUCAGUAUAUCAACGAUAACGGACUUGGUAUCGCGGCUGAUGCCCUAUCCACGAUGUUGAUCACCAACGGACAGCCAAACGAUCUCAUCAGCAACUUCAACUCCUUGUCUAUUAUUAUCAUGGCACCGGUCCUCAAUUAUGGUCUUUAUCCGUAUCUGCGCAAACAUCAUAUUCAUUUUGGCCCCGUCGCUCGUAUCACAACCGGUCUCCUCAUGUCCGCUAUCGGCGCUGUUGGAUACACAGUCCUAAACUACUAUGCCUACAAAAUCGGCCCAUGCGGUCACUACGGCUCCAGCUCCACCUGCGUCGACGCCGACGGCAUCUCCCUCGUAGCACCCAUCUCCAUCUGGUGGAUGGCGAUCCCCUACGCCCUCGGCGGCAUCUCCGAACUCUUCGUGAACGUCCCCGCCUACGGUCUAGCCUACUCUCGGGCGCCCAAGAACAUGCGAUCUCUCGUCACGGCCCUGAAUCUCUUCUCCACCGGCAUCGCCUACGCGCUUGGUCUCGCCUUCGCGGGCCUGAUCAAGGAUCCGUAUCUGACGUGGGAUCUGGGUGCCCCGGCUAUCAUUGGGUUUGUUGCUACGGGGGUGUUUUAUUAUUUGUUUAGGCAUAUUGAUAAGGAGGAGUAUGUGUUGAGUACUAAUGAUGAUUAUCAUGUGCAACAUCAUUCGGCCACGGGCAGCUCGGUCGGGCAGGAUGAGAGGCCUGUGGAUAAGGAGACUAAGGUUUAAGUGUGAGACGUUGUGUAUUUAUUCGAGGGGAACGGGAGUGUGUGCCAUAGAUUGG